GAAAAAGCCGAAUGAGGUUAUGAUGUAACUUUUUGAAUUUUUUUGUGACACUAUUCAAAAUUUUCAGUGAAAUGGUUCAAAUAAUCUUAAUUCCGUAUAAAAAACUGAUUACAUUACAUUUACAGACUAUGUCAUCCACCAGAAAUCUAAGUAAAUAUCUCAACAGGGAUAUCAGUGCAAAAGCAAUAAGACAAAAAUUUUUGGAAUACUUCAUAAAUGAAAAUAAUCAUAAAUUCAUCAAAUCAAGCCCUGUGGUUCCAUACUGUGAUCCCACUGUCGCCUUCGUUAACGCUGGGAUGAAUCAGUUCAAAGGUAUAUUCUUGGGUACCCAAAAACCAAAAUACAAACGAGUUUCUAACAGUCAGAAAUGUGUUAGAGUUGGUGGUAAGCAUAAUGACUUGAGAGCUGUGGGAAGUGAUGGAUAUCACCACACCUUCUUUGAAAUGUUGGGUAACUGGUCCUUUGGAGACUAUUUCAAGGCAGAUGCUUGUAAACUAGCAUGGGAUCUACUCAUUGAUGUAUACAAAUUACCUAAAAAUAAACUGUAUGUCACCUAUUUCAAGGGUGAUAGUAAGUUAGGUGUUCCAGAAGAUUUGGAAACUAAAGAAAUUUGGAAACAGCUAGGCAUUUCAGAUGACAAAAUCUUGCCUUUUGGUUCAACAGAUAAUUUCUGGGAAAUGGGACUCACAGGACCUUGUGGGCCAUGCACAGAAAUACAUUAUGACCACUUAGGAACCACUAACAGAGCUGAAUUUGUGAAUAAGGGUUUACAUGACCUCACUGAAAUAUGGAAUAUAGUUUUCAUAGAGUACAAUAGGCUUAACAAUGGGAAGAUUGUAACACUUCCUCACUUACAUGUUGAUACAGGAAUGGGGUUUGAAAGACUGACUUCAAUCCUACAGGGCAAAAUAAGUAAUUAUGACACAGAUAACUUCAGCUACCUUCUGAAAGCAAUACAUAAGAAUUGUAGGAAUUUGCCAGUGUACCAAGGGAAAUUUGGUGAAAAUGAUUGGAAUAAUUUGGAUAAGUCUUACAGAACACUGGCAGAUCAUUCUAGAAUGGUAUCAGUUUGUUUGGCAGAUGGGAUAAUACCUGAAGAGAAUCAAAAACUGAGAAGGGUAUUGAGAAAAGUAUUCCUGCUUAGUGAAACUGUGUUCAAAAAGGAAGGACUUCUCAGAGAGCUUUCAAAUUAUGUAGUGGAAAACUUAGGCCCUGUUUAUCCAGAAUUGGAAAAAAAUAUAUCAAAGGUCCAUCAAAUAAUUGAUUAUGAAGAAGAAAUAUAUAAGUCUCUUCAACUAGCUGCUUCCAAAGAUUGGGAAAUUCUCACAAAAGAGAAUCCAAAAUUACUGGAAGUUGAUGUCAUUGAGACCCCUAGUUUCAUAGCAGCUUAUAAGCAAAUAAGUAGUGCUCCUCCAGCUGAAAUAACAUCAAAGCUGGCUUUCAAACUUUAUGACACUUUUGGUAUUGAUGAAGAAGGGAUUGCAAAGAUAUCUAGUGCUCUAGACCUAAAAUUCAAUCCACAGGAACUAACAGAUGAAUUGGAAAAAGCAAAAUUGAGGACUAGAGAGAGCAUUAUCUGUUCCAAUAACAAUAUGUACUUUGAUUUAGUGAAUGAAGGCAUCCCAAAAACCAAAGAUAAUUACAAAUAUUCAUACUCACAAAAUGAGGGUAAAUAUUUGUUUGAAGGUAUAGAAACAAAAGUAUUGAAAAUAUUCAAAGGAAAAGAAUCAGUUGACCAAAUAAAACAGGACCACUACUGUACCUUGGUACUGGAUAAAACCAACUUUUAUUCAGAAGCAGGUGGCCAAGUUGGAGAUAAAGGGAUAAUAAUAUUUGGGCCAGAUAGUUUUGAGGUCACUUCUGUUGAAAAUUUAAAUGGUUACAUCUUGCACAAAGGAUUUUUCAAAUCCAGUGGAAAUACUCUAUCGAAAAAUACUGCUGGAAAAAUAUACCUAGAUGAUGAGUUCAGACUAAGUUGUAUGAGAAACCACACUAGCACCCAUUUAUUGAAUGCAGCUUUGAAGAGAAUUAAGGGUGCUACCUGCCAGAAAUCUAGCAAAGUUACAGACAAGUACUUGAAUUUUGAUGUGGCAAUAUUUGGAGAUAAGCUGUCAAUAGAAGAAACUGAUGCUAUUGAAAAAAUGAUAUUAGAUAUUGUGAAAAAAGAGAAGCCAGUAAAUAUUAGUGAAGUAAAUAGCCAGCAGCUUUUAGAAUUUGAUGACUUGACUUUGAUUCCUGGUGAAAUAUAUCCUGAUAAUGGCAUCAGGAUUGUUGAAGUCAAAGUUGAUGAGUUUUUAUCUAGAGAACCUUGUUGUGGUACCCAUGUUCAGAACACCAUGGAUAUAAAGGACUUUUGUAUAGUCAACGUGAAAUCUUUAGGUAGAAGUACUACUUCUAUAACUGCCGUUACAGGAGACAGAGCAGAAAUGGCCAGAAAAUAUGGCAUGGAAUUAUCAGAAGAAAUAGAUUCUCUGAAAAUGAAUAUUAAUGAUAAUAUUGAUAAGCCGGAAAUGUUGGAAAUAAUAGUAUCAACUAUCAAGAAAAAACUGAAUUUCAAUAUGGAAGAUGAUUCAGUUAUACCCUUAUCAGUCAAGUUAGAAUGUAUUGGAAAACUUGAAUUAAUCACCAAACAAAUCAAUGAUGCUGUGAAAGAAAACUUGAGGGAUUUCAUUGAAAUCGAAAUGAAAAAUGCUUUAGACUCAAAAGUAAAAACUACUGGAUCAAACCAGAAAUACAUAAUUCAUUAUUUGAGAAGCUCUAUGAUGCUGGAAAAAGUGCCACUGCAGAAAGCAACAAAAUUGUGUCCAGAUAUCCCAAUUUUAGUGAUAUCAUAUGCUGAUAAUACAGUGAAGGCUAGAUGUUGUGUUCCUAAGAAUUUAAAGACUGAUAAAUUUAAUGCGGAAAUAUGGAUGAAGCAAACUGUAGCGUCAGUUUUCAACAGUAGAGCAGCUCCACCUAAAGGUCAGGAUGGCACCUUAGUCUGUAAUAUGAAAGCAAAAAAAGUGCACGUACAAGAGUGGGAUCCCCUGCUUAGAGACAGCUUGGAUAAAGCACAAAAAUACAUUGAAGAAAACAUUUGAAGCAAAAAAGUCACAAUGUUUCGGAACUAGUCAAUGGAAGUUCAAGAUAAUAAAUAUAAGUAUAAUGCUCCCUAUCAACGGAAAUACUAUUUAAAACUGUCUGUAGAGAAAUCGAAAUAUUAUUGUUGAAAUUGCAUCUAAGCAAGAUAGAGAUAUUUUUUCU